CCAGAACAGAAAUCCUGGGAUGGGGCUCCAGAGGGACACGGGGCAGGAGGAAUCCAUCCCUUUUCCCGGUUAAGCAGCACUGGGGGCGUUGGAAGCCGCGCUUCCAGGGAUUGGGAAGGGGCUUUCCCUCCACUCCGUGGGAGCGAAUCCCUGGAAUUCCCUCCGCGUGCUCCGCAGGCGCUGUCGGAGGAGCGGAUCCGCCGCCUCCUGGAGCUCAUCCAGGACGAGCUGGAAUCCGGCCGGGAAGGGGAGAAGCCCCCCGGGAAGUUUUCCAUGGAAAGCCCGCAGGGACACGCGGUUCCCGCCUCCAUCCUGGCGCUCUGCGGCUGGAAUUGCAGUUCCGGCGGCUCCCCGACCCUGCCAGUGAUCUCCUGCUCCCGCUGCAUGAGGAAGGUGGGGCUCUGGAGCUUCCACCAGCUGGAAUCCUCCGCUCCAGAGCCGGAUUCCUGCGGCUCCUCCGGCAGCUCCGGCUUCCCGGCCGUGCCCACGUCCCCCCGCAGGAUUGUCACCCGGAGCCAGGACACGAUCCCGGCCGGAGCCGAGCAGCAGGAGAAGAGCCCAUCCCCAUCCAUGUCCCGCCCCACAUCCCGAGGUUGGGAUUCUCCCGUCUCCAUGGACCGUGGGGAGCUGGAAGUGCCCAGCCCCUCCCUCCGGAGCCGCCCGGUGACGCGGAGCAUGGGACAAGGGGACGCCAUGGAAGUGCCAUCCAGCCCCAUCCGCAGGGCCAAGCGGGCACGGCUCUGCUCCUCCGGCGGCUCGGACGCUUCCACGAGGAGUUUCUUCCACCCCACGUCCCAGCACAGGGACUGGUGUCCCUGGGUGAGCUCCAGGGAGGGACAGGAUUCCCUGGAAGAUGCCGUAUCCCACACGGAGAAGGCCGGGAAGGCGGAGCCGGGCUGGAAAAUGGUGCUGGACACCCUGCUGGGCACCCGGAGGGGCGACGCCGUGCCCGACACGGAGCCGGUGAGCCUCUCGGAGAAGUCCUGCAAGGUGUUCCGCAUUUUCCGGCAGUGGGAGAGCAUGAACUCCUCCUGAACUCCUCCAGAACUCCUCCUGAACUCCUCCUGAAUUCCUGAGCCUCUGGAACCCAGCACACCCCCAGGGGCUCCGUGCCUGGGAGACAGACCGACCCUCUUCCCAGCUCCGUGCCUCGGGAAGGGGAUCCCGAGGGAGCCAUCCCGGGAUCCCCCAUCCCCGCCUUGCCUUCCCCAGUUGCUGCUGUUAUCCCGCGGCUCCGGAGGCUCCGGGAGCCCCUCCAGGAGCCGGGAUGUGCCGUUGGGAUGAGUUGGGAUGAGGAGGAGCCGCCGUUCCCGGCGGGGUGUCCGCGGGGUCCGGCCCUUCCCGCUGGAAGCGACUCCAGGUGGGAAUAAACAUUUCACUUUUUGCCGUUGGA